AUGAGGCUUCCCUUCCAUGCCGACCAUAUAGGAUCCCUGAUCCGACCACCAGACUUGGUUGAUGCUCAGGCCCAGGCUGACGCAGGCGUCAUGACGGCCUCGGAGCUCGAAGCCGUGCAGCGGAGCAGCAUAGCCGCCAUCGUGCACAAGCAGCAGGAACACGGCGUCCGGGCCCUGACGUCGGGCGAGUUCGACCGCAAGUGGUACUUCUCCGGCUUCUUCGAGAAGCUCGGCGGUUUUCGGGAGGUGGCGCCCGUGCCGUGGGACCUGGCGCGCCUGGCCGCGCCCCCCAUCGCAGCCCUCCGCCGUGCCGGCCAGCAGUACAUGAUGGCGGCCGUGUGCGAGAGCAAGAUCACCUACGACGCCGGCGCGAGCCCGUACCUGCCCAACUGGCGCAUGCUGAGGGACGCCGUGGCCCGCGACCGGUGGGCGGAGUGCAAAUUCACCAUGCCCCCGCCUUGCUACUUCCACCUGCGCCUCGCGACGGGUAAGUGCUACGACAGGAACGUCUACCCGGACGACGGCGCCUUCUUCGCCGACCUCGCCAGGGCCUACCAGGCUGAGCUGCGCACCCUGUACGACGACGGGCUGCGUAACCUCCAGAUCGACGACCCCACCCUCGCUUACUUCUGCUCCGAAGACAUGCUCCAGGCUCUCAGGGAUGACGGGGACGACCCGGACGCCCUGUUUGACACCUCAGGAUCCUACGACAAAAUCGCCCAACGCUUUUUCACGACCCUAAACUACGACACCUUCUUUCUCGAGUAUGACGACCCCCGAUCCGGUGGCUUCGAGCCGCUCCGUCACCUCCCCGUGGGGAAGAACGUCGUCCUGGGCGUCGUCACCACCAAGGAUCCCGCCCUCGAGGACGGUCGGGUUAUCAGGGACCGCAUACUCGAGGCCGCCAACGUCAUCGCCGAGGGUCAGGGGCGCUCCGUCGACGAGGCCAUGCAGGACAUCGGCAUCAGCCCCCAGUGCGGAUUCGCCAGCGUGGCCGUCGGCGCCGACGGGAUGACCGAGGAAAGGAUGUUUGCCAAGCUCAAGCUUGUCAAGGACGUCGCCGCCGAACUGUGGCCUGACAGGCCCUGA